UGCGCCCUUUCGGUAGCAGUCAGACGGAGCCUGUCAGCGGGACCAGAGAGCCGAGGACAGGAGGAGCUGGAUAAAGCGCACCGGGGUCGGCGCAUGUAUUCAAGUAUUUGCCUCAUUUUUCUUUCCCAUCUUCGAUUCCUCUGUACCUCUUAACGGAUGCUGGAUGCAACCCAUCCCCGCGUCAACAACACACCUCUGACGGACAGAAACCAUGGACAGUCUAGGCAGCCGCUGUAAGAUUGUGGUGGUCGGGGACACGCAGUGUGGGAAAACGGCACUGCUGCAUGUUUUUGCCAAGGACUGCUAUCCAGAGAACUACGUGCCCACAGUGUUUGAAAACUACACAGCCAGUUUUGAGAUAGACAAGCACCGGAUUGAGCUGAAUAUGUGGGACACGUCAGGUAAGACAAUUUCAUAUCUCUUUCUGCACCGUCUCUGAAAGGCUGACAUCAAAUCAAUCCACUCCCAGC